AUUGAAAGACCAAGGAGGACUGCACUGCUGAGUGUUCUCGAAGGUUGGGUUCAGGCUGAUGCUGAAGAGGAGAUUGGGACAGGUGAGGAGAUUGUGCUGGCCCCUCGGACAGACAAGGCUGGGCAGAGUUCAGCAGAAGACUCAGAGGAUGCCGCUCCGCGGAGGCAACGGGAUACCUAGACUCUUAUGAACUUUUGUGAUUUUUCCUUGUUUUGCCUUUCGUUUGGGACUUUGGAUUUAUCUUUUGAUGUAUGCUUUACACUUUCUUUAGUUAUUUUUGGACU